AUUAGGGGCAGCGGGGCUGCGGCCGCGGGGCAGGUUUGGUUGUGUUCCUCCUCCGCCUCCAUCCCCGCGGCUUCGGCGCUGCCUUUGCGUCCCCGCCAGUCCUCCUCCCGCUCCCCCGGGGCCUCCCGUCCCGGCGGGCGGCGGCGGCCCGUUGAUGUGAGGCGCGGCUCGGCGGCGGGGCGCGGAUGGCGACGGGGGCCAGUGCGGCGGCCGGGGGCCGCAGCUUCUCCUUCAAGGUGGUGCUGCUCGGGGAGGGCUGCGUGGGGAAAACCUCGCUGGUGCUGCGCUACUGCGAGAACAAGUUCAACGACAAGCACAUCACCACCCUGCAGGCAUCUUUUCUUACAAAGAAGCUAAAUAUUGGUGGAAAAAGAGUAAACCUUGCAAUAUGGGAUACAGCUGGUCAAGAAAGAUUUCAUGCAUUGGGGCCUAUCUACUACAGGGAUUCCAAUGGCGCUAUUCUAGUAUAUGAUAUAACAGAUGAAGACUCUUUUCAAAAGGUAAAAAACUGGGUUAAGGAAUUAAGAAAAAUGUUGGGAAAUGAAAUCUGUUUGUGUAUAGUAGGUAACAAAAUAGACUUGGAAAAAGAGAGACAUGUUUCAGUGCAAGAAGCAGAAAUGUAUGCUGAAUCUGUUGGAGCAAAACAUUAUCAUACUUCAGCUAAACAGAACAAAGGAAUUGAAGAACUGUUUCUUGACCUUUGUAAAAGAAUGAUAGAAACUGCUCAAGUGGAUGAAAGAGCAAGAGGCAAUGGUUCCAGUCAGUCAGGAAUGGCAAGGCGAGGUGUACAGAUCAUUGAUGAUGAGCCACAAGUACAGAGCACUGGAGGGUGCUGUUCUUCUGGAUAAUUAUAAAACUGUGCAUCACUGCCCUCUUGAUAUGAAGACUGCCAUAUUCCAAGUCACGCGUUCUUUACCAAUGGAGUAAUAGAAUUAACAGUAUUUAAAAAUAAUCACAUGUAACACUGCAGAGACCUUAAGUGCUAAACUAGUGGCAUCUGUGACCAGAGAAUUGGCAUUUUCUACAGUGGUUAACAAAGCAAUUACCAAUGGCCUUUUUACAUAUUUUUCUUUAAUGAGGAAUAAUAUGCAUGUAGAAAAGACCUACUUAAAGGCUUCAUUUAUAUUCUUUUAAAUCAGAUCAUUAUUUAAUAACUUAUAUACAUUGUUGUUGGAAUGGUAUACGUUUUUGCAGCUCUUUGUAUUUUGUGGUAGAUGGAAUUGUAUCACUUCUAAAAUGCAAAUUGAUUUUUUUUUUUUUUUUAAUUACCAAAUAUAUGAAGUAAUAUUUUUGCAGGGCCUCCACAAGCCUAUAACUCAACUACUUUGAUAUAUUCUGUUCAUCCUGUAUGCCAAGCUGGUAAAAUACAUUGUAAAUUACAUAUUAAAUAUUUUAUCUGCUUUUACAAUUGCAGGUGCAGAAAUAUGUACAUCAGUCUUGUCAGUGAUUGUGAAGUGAAUAAGUCAGUGAAAGAUGCAAGCUUUUCAUGUGUACUGUUGAAUUGCUCAUUCUAGUGCCCCUACCUGAAAACAGCUUUGUUUUGGGUACAUCCAUAGGUACAGCAAUUUUUUAAUCCAUUUCUGGCAAACAGCAGUAUUUAGAGUAUCCCCUUAUUGGGAAGAGAAUGUGUCUUUGGACUGCUGUUUAACAUUGAGGUGUUUGACUCCCAACUAAAACAGUUGAUGCAUGCAUAUACCUUGCCUCUGCAGUUACUUUGCCCUCUCAGAAUACCCCUUGAAAGUCAAAGCAACUUUAGCCCUCAUCUGUCUGGUAGCCAGUAAACCAGAUGCAUGGGAAAUUCUUUAGCUGUUUUAAUAUGUUUGUGUCCCAAGACAGCAUUAUAAACUAUUCGUGAACAUCAUUUUCCCCCCUGUUUUGCAGGGCUUGAGUGAACAACUUAAUUGGCAUUAACUAGAAUUGUUUCUGAUUUGGAGUGAUUAAAUGGAAGAUGUGAAACUUGCCAGAUGUAGCUGUAACUUUGGGGAUUCUAGGCAGAAUUGAACUUAUUCCUGACUUACUCUUUCUCCUGUAAAGUGUUUUGAAGCCUACUUAAGUUUUGGGAAGACACUUUUCAGGAAAAAAUGUAUGAACUACUAUCACAAAGAAACACAAGAUGGUAGUACCUGAAACUUCAAAAUGUUUUGUGCUCUGACUUUUUUUUACUUAAGUUGUCAUGCUUGGAGAAACAGUAAAGGUGAUGUCUAUGACAAAGCAGAAUAUCCUUGGCCUUCCUUUUCCUGAAAGGUAGAAUUAGUAUGGCAUAUGAAUGCAUUGAAUGGUGUGGGUAUGUUCUGAUACACAAAAAGAGUAGUAGUAGCUAAUUAGUCUGUGUAAGAGAAGUGUGCUGUCUUGAAUCUGAUUUUAUUUUCUCUGAAAUAAUAGAUGGCUUUCAUACAGACUGA